AUGAUGAAAAAUAAAAUAGUAAUUAACAGUUCUCACAAUGAAGAUAAAAAUAAAUCUUUUGAAUUUCUUUUUGAAAACAUUCAUGAACAAUACCCUGUAGUUUAUAAAGCUUCAAACUUAAAUGAAGUUCUUGGAUAAGAUUUACUCGCUUUGUAGAAUUAAAAUUUGGUUGAAAUACAUUUCUUAUAUAUAACAAAACUAAAUGUAUUCAGCAUUCUUGAGAAUAUGAGAAAUCUUCCUUAGACAUUGCAAAAGGCUAACUUUUAUGUCAGUCCCUAUAAUAUGGAUAUCGAAACAGCAGAUUUGCUUUUUAAAAAUUUUCUAUUUUUACCAAAAGGGAUACUUACCAUACAUGUUUCGAUGGUAUUCUACGAUAAUGAAGAUAAUGUUUCUCGCUUUUUAAUUAUAAAUCUACCUAGAUUUAACCCUCGACUCUUAGCAUUAAAGUUGAACCUCAGCGGAUUUUCUAACUUAUUAGAGCUCUCUAAAAAAUUUGAUACUCUACCUUAAAAUCUAAAAAGACUUAAGCUUGUCGUAAAAAACAUUUAGCUAUCUCCUAUUUAGUUUGCUACCUUUGCACAAAAUUUAAGUAGACUACCACGAAAUCUGCAAAAAAUUAAUAUUGUCAUAGAUGAAAUAAGCUCACUUGAGCCAUUUUAUUAAAUAUUUCAAAGCAUGCCUCAUUCAAUAAAUAAUAUAAAGAUUAAAUGUAAAUCUGCUUAAUAUUCAAAUGAUGAAAUUCAAUAUUUUAUGCAAGCUCUCAGUAAAAAUUUUGCUCACUUAACAAAACUUAGAUUGUUCUUUCCAUAAAAUUUAAUUUCACAAGACUCGUUAAAUAUAGUGAUUAAGUAUUUGCCUACUAAUCUUAUAAAAUUCUACUGCUAAGUAUCUGGUUAUAACACAAACGACUCAUUAAAAAUUAUAUUAAAAUCAAAAUAUUACACAUCUACGUUUAACUCUUAAUGA